GGAGGGCAACUGGUCCUUUUCCAAUAUAUCGGCCCUCGUUUUGGGAUCUUAAUCAUCUUAAUCAUAUACCCACUUUCUCUCUCUCUCUCUCUCUCUCUCUCUCUCUAUCCCAAUUUCUUUCUUUUUUUCUCUUUUUUCAGUGUCUCGUUUGAAGCAAUUUUCCAUGGCUAAGAGUUCGUUUAAGAUGGAACACCCUCUCGAAAGGAGGCAAGCGGAAGCUGUUCGCAUUAGAGACAAGUAUCCUGACAGAAUACCAGUAAUUGUUGAAAGGGCGGAAAAGAGUGAUAUUCCUGAAAUUGAUAAGAAAAAAUAUCUGGUGCCUGCUGAUCUGACUGUUGGCCAGUUUGUGUAUGUGGUCCGGAAGAGGAUCAAGCUCGGUGCUGAAAAAGCUAUUUUUGUUUUUGUCAAGAAUAUUUUGCCUCCUUCUGCUGCUAUGAUGUCUGCAAUCUAUGAAGAGAACAAAGAUGAAGACGGUUUCCUUUACAUGACUUACAGUGGCGAGAACACGUUUGGAACGUUCUGAAACAGGAGGAAGCUACAUCUUUGUAAAUAUAUCUUGCAAAAGAUGAAGAAAAUAAAAGAUAAAGAAAGAAAUUAUGGAAUUUAGGUUAAUUGUAGAUUCCCUUCAAAUCCAUUCGACGGUAUCUGUGGUAAACAUAUUUAUCGAACAUAUUUAUCAGACAAUUCUCUUUACAAUUUGGAUAAUUUGACCAUUUUUUCUGUUA